UUGCUAUUAAAUAGACAAUGUGGCGUCGACCAAGAGGGCCUCCCAAAGUCUGGAGAGUCAUGGAGUUGACUGAUCCCUCUGGACGAAAAAGGAAAUUCUCUCUUCAGGAAAUUCCAGAGGCUUCGUAUGAAGAAGUGAUCUCCCACAUGUCCUCCAUUUUCGCCAAGGACGAAGCUAUGUGCUCAGCUCUUAAUGUGACAGACGAUCCAGAAACAAUGCAUUUACUACAAGAAUUUUGGAGAAUGUUUUUGUCUCAAGGUAUUUCUGUUGGAGCCUUUGAAAUUCCAGAAGGAGGUGGAAAACCAAUUCUCGCUGGUGUUAAUCUCCUCGUCUAUUCCGAUGAAGAGACAGAAAAGAAUGCAAUUAUGCCACAUGUAAAGGGACCUUUUGGAAUAAUUAUGUCAGCUGUAGAAGAAACUCGCAAACUAGCAGAUCCCCGCGAACUUUACAAGGUUGAUCGAUUUUUAGAAGCUAUAGGAUUAAGUAUAAGUCCCCAAUACCGCAGGAUGGGAUUGGCAGUAAAACUUCUGGAAAUAAGAGAUGACAUUGGAAAAUGGUAUGGGCUGGAAUACACGUCAACACUUUUCACGAGCUCAAUUGCCCAGGCCGCAGCUACAAAAGCUGGAUAUACAACAGAUGUUGAAAGAUUAUACGAUGAAAUAUUUCCAUCGGAUAACAAUCCCUUCCUACCACGACUCAAGGGAAAGAGUUGCAAAAUUAUGUCGAAGCGAAUUUCUUGAGUGGAUAAAUAUUCAUAUUGUAAUGUAAACUGUGUUCUCGUAUAAAGAGAUGGAACUUGA